AAGAAGAAGAAGAAGAAGAAGAAGAAGAAGAUGUAUGUGGUUGAGAGCAAAGCAGGAGCUAUAGGAUGUAUGAUACUUUCAUUGUGUUGCUUAGGAAGCUGGCCAGCGAUUUUGACUCUAUUGGAGAGAAGAGGUCGUCUUCCUCAACACACUUUUCUUGAUUUCGCAACUGCGAAUCUCUUGGCUGCAAUCGUGAUCGCGUUUUCGCUCGGUGAGAUUGGAAAAAGCACGUUUCGAAAACCUGACUUUACCACACAGCUCCCUCAGGAUAAUUGGCCGUCAGUAUUGCUUGCAGUCGCCGGCGGUGUGCUUCUUAGCGUUGGGAAUUUAGCAACUCAAUACGCUUUUGCGUUUGUCGGUUUAUCGGUUACUGAAGUUAUAACCGCAAGCAUUACCGUCGUCAUUGGUACGACGUUGAAUUAUUUCUUGGACGACAAGAUAAACAAAGCCGAGAUCCUCUUCCCUGGCGUAGGUUGCUUCUUGAUCGCUGUUUUCCUCGGUGCUGCGGUUCACACUUCUAAUGCAGCUGAUGUCAAAGCGAAACUAAAGUCUUUACCUAGCGAGUAUAAAGCUGAGACAGAGUACGAUGUUGCUCUUUCUUUUGCCUUUGUUCCAUGUUUUCAAAACUUGUUCUGUUUUAACAAACCUCUGAUCUUUUUCAGAGAUUUCUAUUCUUCCAUUAAAAAUGGUGACGACAACCCUGAAAGAAAGAAAACUGAUGUCGAAUCUCAAGAGAAACCAGCGGAAAAGGCGAAAGCAGGGACGGCAGGAUUCUUUGUAGAGCUGGAGAACAAAAGGGCAAUCAAGGUCUUUGGAAAGAGCAUAAUGAUAGGACUAUUCAUAACGCUCUUCGCGGGAACCUGCCUUUCUCUAUUCUCUCCUGCAUUCAACUUGGCAACAAACGAUCAAUGGAGUACAUUGCCAAAAGGCGUACCUAAGCUCGUUGUUUACACCGCCUUUUUCUACUUCUCCAUCGCGGGUUUUCUCAUUGCUUUGAUUCUAAAUCUCAUCUUUCUUUACCGGCCAAUGGUAGGCUUAGCGAAAUCAUCGCUUAAGAAGUAUAUAUAUGACUCUAAAGGUAGAGGUUGGGCGGUUUUCGCUGGAUUCUUGUGUGGGUUUGGUAACGGUUUGCAGUUUAUGGGAGGUCAAGCCGCUGGAUACGCUGCUGCAGACUCUGUCCAGGCACUUCCUCUUGUGAGCACAUUUUGGGGCAUAGUUUUGCUUGGAGAGUAUCGUAGAUCGUCAAAGAGAACUUAUGCACUUUUAGUUAGCAUGUUGGCCAUGUUUGUGGCGGCCGUGGCGAUUCUUAUGGCAUCUUCCGGUCACCGGAAAUGAUGAGCUUUUCUUAGUUCUACUAUAUGUUUGAGCAUGUCUAUUUCGCAUGCAUUACAAUAAUCAAAUGUUUGAAAUUUU